AUGGUCGUGCCUCCCUCGGGCAUGGAGGGCGUGGUCCUGCAGCCGCGCGCACCCUCGCAGGGUGUGGGGGGCACCGCUCGCGUUCAUUUCACCCUCUGCUUUCGCACAGACUGGGGCCAGCGCCUCCGCAUCGUGGGCAGUCAGGAGGGGCUGGGCAACUGGCGGCUGGCAGAUGGGCACAACAUGAAGUGGACGACGGGUGACAACUGGGUGGCUGAGGUGGAUCUCCCCACCGGCACAGUCUACGAGUACAAGUUUGUGGUGGUGGACCACGCCAGUGGCCAUGCCCUGGCCUGGCAAUCCGGGAACAACUCGGUGCUGGCACUUCGCCCCGAGGACCGAUCUGUAGACGUGUUUGACAACUGGGGAGGGGAGCCGGGCGCGCAGCUGGUGGCCGAUGGUGCCAAGCCGCUUACCAGGGAGCAGCGGCUGCUGAGCUGGGCAACCGAGAUGGAGGCCUCCAUGGUGGGGCAGCGGCAGGAGCUGCGCCGCGCGCGCAUGGAACUCGUUGCCGCCCAGGAGGAUGCACGCAAGGCACGGGAAGAAAGCAAGCGCAUGUACGCCCGCCUGGCGGAGAGCGAGGCGGCGCGCAUCGCGGCGGCGACCGACCUGCGGGCCGCCGAGACCACCAACAAGGUGCUGACGGCGCAGCUGAACGAGGUCAACACCUCGUUCAAGUCUGCCCUGGAGACCGCGGCGGAUCUGCUGCAGGCCAUCUCCACGCGGCCCAGGCCGCGGCGAGCCUCUGCAAAGGCUGGCACAGCCGUGGAUGCUGACAAGGCAGCAGCCGCGGCACCGGGGCCCGGGUCGUGGCGGCGGGACCUCAAAGAGCAGCCCGGGAUGCAGGGGUUUGAGAUCAUCUGA